AUGGCCCUGGAGGCUGUGCAGAAGUCCAGCUCCUUCGCCCGUUCCCUUCUGAUGGAUGACGCUGCAGGUUUUGUUCUGGUCAUCGGGCUGGUGACGUUCUACAGAAUCGGCCCGUACACCAACCUGUCCUGGUCUUGCUACCUGAACAUCGGGGCCUGCCUGCUGGCCACCCUGGCUGCGGCCAUGCUCAUCUGGAACGUCCUGCACAGGAGGGAGGAUUGCAUGGCCCCCCGCGUCAUCGUCAUCAGCCGCUCCCUGACCGCACGCUUCCGCCGCGGGCUGGACAACGACUAUGUGGAGUCGCCGUGCUGA